AUGGCCGGUCGACACACUGCAUCGCUCGUGACUGCCUCCUUCCCCGCCGGCGGCGCCGGCCCCGCGGCCGCGUCGCUGCUGCGCCAGUGCCAGCUCGCCGCCGCCGCCGCUGCGAGGGCCUGCGCGCCCGCCCUGGCGUUUUUGGACCAGCAUUUCCUGCCCCUGUGCCUCACCUCUGGCGUCGCCGCUGGCUGUGCGUUCCCCGCGGCCGGCGUGGAGGCUGCAAAGCUCAACCUCUCCACGGCGGUUACGUUCUGCAUGUUUGUCAUCGCGGGGGUGCAGCUCCGCCAGGAGGAGGCGUUCAAGGCCCUCCAAGCCAAGGGUGCCCUUCUGUACGGCCUGGUGUCUAUCCUCUUCAUAACCCCCCUCAUCUCAUUGGCGGUCCUGCAGCUGCCCCUGCAGCCGCGGGAGCUUGUCCUCGGCCUGGCCAUCUUCUGCUGCAUGCCCACCGCGCUGUCCGCCGGCAUCACGUUCACCCAGGCCGCCGGCGGCAACGUGGCGGUGGCGCUGCUGCUGACCGUGACGAGCAACAUGCUGGGCGUGUUCACGAUGCCGUUCGUGCUGCCCGCCAUGCUGGGCGGCAGCCUGGGGGGCGCGCGGCUGGAGCCGGGGCCGCUGCUGGUGCGGCUGAUCUACAGCGUGCUCAUCCCCACCAUCAUAGGCGCGGCGAUCCGCAGCAGCGUGCCUGGCGCGGCCGCCCUGGCCGACUCCAAAAAACGGGAGCUGGCGCGCGUCAGCGCGCUGCUGCUGGGCCUCGUGCCCUGGACCCAGGUCAGCAAGACAGUGGCUGCCGGCGUCGUCCUCGCGCCCGGCCCGCUGGCCGUCAUGCUGGUGGCGGGGGUCGCUGUGCACCUGUCCUACCUGGCGCUCAACACCGCAGCGGCCCUCCGCCUGGGAGAAGUCGCAGGGCCAAAGGGCGCGCGCGACAUCCGCCGCGCCGUCAUCCUGACGGCGAGCGUCAAGACGCUGCCCGUGGCCGUCGCGGUGUUUGCGUCGCUCGCGCCCGUCCUCGGCGGCAUGCUCGGCGUGGCGCUGGUGCCCGCGCUGAUGGCGCACCUGUCGCAGAUCCUGAUAGACAGCGCCAUAGUGGCCCGCUGGCAGGCACAGGCACGCGCAGAGGCCGCGGCGGCGGCGGCCGCCGCCGAGGCGGCGGCGGCCGCGGAGGCAGAGGCGGCGGUCGUUGCUGGGGCCGCGGAGCAGCGACGGUUGCAGGUGGAGCGUGACGAGGUGGCGGUGGUCAUGGCAGCAGCGGCGGACGCAUCCGGCGGGCGGCGGCGGCGGCGGCAUCAGCCGGCGGGGGGCGACCCUCAGGGACAGGAGAGUCAAAGUGACGCGGUGCUGGCGCCCGCGGCGGCUGGCGCUGUGCAGUAG